AGACCAUAUAUGAGGAGAAGUGAUUGCUUUCGUCUGUGAUACUGCAUAUUCAUCGUGUAACAAAUGUUAACUUUACUUCAUUAAAAGUUCAGAUAUUUCUGUUAGGUGCCGAUAAUUCAUUAUAGGGGGUUUAUUUUAAAUUCAACACUUAAUUAAUGAAACAUAACUAUGGACGUAGACAACGAUUUAGAUCAAACUCUUCUUCAGCAGUUCAGCUGUCUGGGUACAACAGAUAGGGAUGAAUUAGUAAAGCAGUUACAAAUAUUGGUUGGAAAUAAUCUGAAUGAAACGGCUGCUGCAUUCUUCUUGGACAUGAAUAACUGGAACUUACAGGGUGCCGUUUGCUCGUAUUUUGACUUUGAAUCUCCAUACAAAUUGCCUUCAAUGUCAUUAGUGAAAGAUGUUACAAUUGGAGAAGGUGAAAGUAUACCGCCUUGUACAAAGUUUACUAAGACUUGGCGAGUGCAGAAUAUUGGUGAUGAGAUUUGGCCACCAGGAUGUUGUUUGCGGUUUAGUGGUGGUGAUCAGCUGUGUGCUGCAGAGCGAAUACCAGUUCGGCCAGUUGGUCCUGGUUGCACCAUAGAUCUGAGUGUUGAUAUGGUCAGUCCAGAACAGCCUGGCAUCUAUGAGAGCAAGUGGAGAAUGUCAACUCCAUCAGGCUCAUAUUUUGGAGAUGUUAUUUGGGCGAUUUUGACGGUCGCAGAAGGUGGGACAAUGGCUCUCACACAACAGUUAUCACAUUUUAGUGAACUUGGUGCAUCACCCCAUCUGGAUGAAACAAAUUUCAAUCCAUUUGGACCAACCAGCAGACCUUCUAGUCAGACCUUGUUCCAGGAUUCUGUGCAGCAGACGCAAGAUGGUGAUACCAACAUGAUGUGUUAACAUUUACAUCAGCCAUGUGUGAGUGAGAUGGAUGAAGAAUAAUGAACUGUUGUAUUAGGUAUAAAGAAGGAUUGUGUGAGUUAUGUUUACAUCUAGAAACUGGACCAAAAUCAUUUUUACUCUUCACUUUUAAGUAUUACAUUUGUUGUCCAUAUUUAGAAGACUUAAAAUUUGAAGUUAAUGGGAUAAUGCCAUCAUAAUUUUUAGGUUGUCAUUAAUGACAGUUGCCUGGUAUAAUUUUUAGUCUUAUUACAGAUGCAUAGGUCAGUUUGUUGUGUACAGAUGCAAGCAUUUUAAUAUUGUUUUUUCAUAUGCAAGGCUGGGAUAUGAUUCUAGUGUGAUAUACUGUCAGAAUAAACUGCAUUGUAGCUCAGCCAUUCAUUAACUGUUUUGAAACCUGUUAAUUAAUUUUGUAUUAACUGUCCUAUUCUUCAACAUGAGAGUUUUUUCUUAUGAUUUAUGAGACCAUCUUUGCAUGUCUUACUGUUCAGCUUGUCAGAUAAUAUACAUUAUCAUUGUGGUUUCUGAAAAUUUGUAGCUUUUGUCUGUUAUUUCAUUUUAUUUAUACUUAUAAAGAUUAAUGAAAAGUAAGGUUUCUUAUUUGUAACAUCCUUGUUUCAUCUAGACCUAAUUGGGAAUAAGGAUGAACAUUGUGAAUUCAAGAUAAUCUUCAUAUUAGUUCCUUUGAAUUUCCCAGAUAACCCUGUUAUAAGGCAUAGUCUUUGUAUUAAUAGAUAGGCUCUCAAUUCAUAAUGGCCUUAUAAAUGCAUUUUAUUACAGUGUUUAAAACUGCUUUUUUCAUGGUUUCUGAAAAUGAGGGUUGCCUUGUAUUAGAAAUUGACUUAUAACUGGACCAGUAAGGUAUUUCCUUGGUAGCCAGGCAUUUAAAUGUCAUUUCAGGUUAAACAUGCUGUUUGCUGUCCUUGUAAGUUAUAUUUUUGAUCACAGAGUUUAAAAUUGAGGGGUUACUAGGAAAAACUACAUUAGUCCAAAGUGGACCAUUUUUAGUUUGUGUUGCCAUCUUAUAGAUUAAACCUGUACCUAUAAAGUUGUAAUAUUAUGGUAAAAAUCACUUCAGUUUGGAAGAAAAUGAGUAAUGAAAUAUAUUUUUUCUGGUUGUACCACUGUAUUCUUUAAGUAAAAGUUAAUGUGAGUUUCUUGUUGUCAUAUUCUGUGAAAGUAAACCACCUACAUAUCUGUAACUAUAAUCCUGUUUUGUAAAUGCAUUGAUACAGAAUAAGGAUGCCAAGAAAUUUUCACAUUGAGAUGCUGGAAAGGUUUUUGAUUUGCCAAAAGUUGAAUUUUGGACUGUGUCAUUUUUCCCAGAAACCCCUCAGUUAACAUCAGGAUAAUCUUAUGGCUCAGAAGUUAGCCCAAGCAUCUGCAGUAUGCAAAAUAAUGUAUGUGUACUCAUUCAUUAGACUUGGAUAAUAAAAACAUAUGACUGCUGACCAAAUUCAGUUGACUAAUGUCCAAUUUACAUAUUAAUGUGGAAUAGAGCUUUUACACAAUUUAAAUAUGUUCUACAGUGUAUAAAUAUAACUUAGGCUCCAUUAUCCUCAUGGAACUUGUCUUGAUUUUGUGAAAUGCUCAUUGGGGUUGGAAACAGGUUUAUGUGAAGUUUGAAGUUGUCUCAUUUUUGUGUCAAACACAUGCACAAUAGUGAUCUUGUCUUGGGUUCAGAAAUGUAGUCUGUGUUCAGGAAGAUUGGUGGUAUGCAGACAUGAAUAUGACAUUAGUUUUGUUAAAAUUUUAUAUUUGAAUGUGAGGUGUCAGAAACAUGGAGAUUUUAUUUUCAUUAGAAACUCAGGUUUUAUAUACAGAUUGAAGUUAGUAUCAUAGACCUUACAAAGUAAAACUUCAGAUGUGCUAAUAAAAGUCAAAUAUUUAUUUUGUAACUGUGCAUGGGUUUUGAUGACUGAAUAUGGAAAUUUAAAUGCAGUGUACCAUUUUUUCAUUCUUUUACUGAGUGACAUGCAUCAUAAUUGUAUUAUUCACAAAGUCUUAAAAACAUCACGGCAUUACAGUUAUUUUCACAAGCAGUAGGUGAAUGAUUGUUUAUAAAGUUGUCAUUUCAGGUUUUCACCGUAUAUUAAUAUGGCAGUCUUCUGGGUUGUUACACAGUGUAGUCUGGUAGAUAGUGACCAUUUCAAAGCAACUUAUUGCCUUCAUCAGAGCACCCUGUUGAUGGAGGCAGUAAGCUGCUCUGAAACAUUAGUCAAUAUCUACCUUACUACACUGUGUAACAACCCAGAAUACAGCCAUCUUUUGAUAAUAAGGUUAUUUUUACAAUACUUUACUAACUGAAGAGGUUAUAUAGAAUUAACAUCUUCAUGACUGUAUUAUUACAUGAGAACUGGGUAUGAAAAUUACACAAGAAAAAUUGAAAUCAGUUAAUUUUUCACAAAAUACAGUGUAGAGCUAAAAGAUUACUUGAGUAAAUACCACGUAUUUACCAUCAGCACAACAGGAUGAGAACCAUGAAAGCUUAAUGAUAUUUCAGGUUGUUAUGGUAGUAAGUAUGAAGAUGACAGUGUUGAACUCUUAUAGUCUUAUACAAGAUGCACAUUUCACUCUGAUGAUGCAGGCAGUAACCAUGUCUGAAAUGUUGGUUAACUUCUGAAGAGACUACAUGGCACCACAUCCCAGAAGACACCCAUUACCUUGAAAGAUUCUUGGUGAAUAUUUUGUGUACAUUUUAAUGCUCCAAAUUAUCAUAGUUUCACUUCUGAUGCAGGCAGAGUUAUUGGGCAAAUUUUGACUGUACUUUGAAGCUAGCUGGGUGAAAAAUUGUUGCAUCUUUCCAACUUCUUACAUAUUGUUGCUUCAUGGUAUAACUAUAUUACAUCAAUUUUUUCUACCCAAGAAACAUCUGAUCCAACAUGUUGUAUUUAAUAGUGAUAAUCAAUUUAUCACAGUAUAGCAUGUAUUUAUUCUCAAGGUAUCUUUCAGUGCUAUCUUGUUAGAACCAUUUAAUACUAUUGUUUACAGUAUUUCUUUGCUUAAUGCUUCUGGCAGUUUCAGUCUCUCAAACAUUGUGAAUGGCAGUGCUAGUAAUCUCUCAUUUUCAUAUUUUAUUACUUUUUAACUUCAUGAAUAAAAGAAAACUUUAUUUUAAAAUGGAUAACUUAUGCAGGAAAAUAUAAAUAAAACACUUCUUCAAAUUAA